UUAUUGUCUUUACUGAUGCCUAACUCAAGUGAGCAGUCGCAUUUUGGUGGCUCUCUGGGCCAGCGUGGUGUAGAAUGGUCUGAAGGUCAGAACGACAGGGCGGCAAGUCGCUGUCACUACUGUGGCACCAUUGCUGGUCAUAGGAAUUCUUUGGCACUGGAUGGAGACGGUGGAGUGGGGUUUCACCAUCACCUAGAUCUCGGUGAGAAACCGGAUCCAGACUUCCAGCCCUCCCUGUACAGGCAGAUCCAUCAGGACCGGCAAGGGCAGCAGCUACUGAGGAAAAACUCUGUGCCCGAUCUCAGCAACAGCCUCUACCUCAGGCAAAUGAUGGCAGGCCGUGCCUCUGCACCACCUCAGGAUUACUACCUAUCUGACGCUACCUUAUCUGGUCAGCUACCUGAAGAGUCAGGGCUUUAUAGGGAUAACCACCACCUGCUCACCAGAUCAGCCUUGCAUUAUGGGCCCAGCACUGGGGGGGUGAGGCCUACCUGGGAUCAAGGACAGGCAAGGGCCACACCUUCUGUGCUGCCCUCUGCUUCAACACCUACCCCUGCGCCUCCUCCCCCUCCUCCCCCGCCACCUCCUCCUCUUCCCGUUCAUGAGCUGAGCCGUUUGUACAGGGAAACUCUGGGAUCUAAGAUGAUCCCAGACAUCCACCGUAUUGGUGGCCGCUUUUCCUCUCCUGCAGUCUACGGGGUUCAGCCCCCUCAUCCUAUUUACGCUGCUGAGCCACCGUCUUUCUCUGCUCACCAAGCUUAUAACAAUUUCAACAGCUUGUCCCUGGACCCCCGCCGGCUACCUGCCACCUGUUCAGGGGUGAACCCAGCUUCUCAGGGAAUGGACGGAGCUCUCCCCCGGGCUUAUGGAGCUGUAGCCUCCCAGAGGUUUUCUUAUGACCAAAACUAUGAUCCCAGCUCAGCCACAGCUGGAAUGUCAUCCAGCAUGCCUCAUCACUAUCCCAGCACUGCAGACCCCAAGAGGAUGGUGGAUCCUGCCUUCUUGGCUUUCCUGCGAGCUGAAGGCUUGGCCGAGAGCACUAUUACUCUCCUGCUGCAACAUGGCUUUGAUUCCACUGCCAUGCUAGGAAUGAUGGAGGACCAUGAUGUCCGCUCUGUGGCCCCUAACUUGGCCCAGGCCCGUGUUCUGUCCCGGGUGGCGCUUGGUUGCAAGGAGAGCGGGACGGUUAUGCGUGCCCGAUCCAAUAGUUUUAGCUAUCGCAAUGAUGUCUACAUGCAGCCCCAGGGUUUAACCAUGGACGCCAGCCUGAUGCAGCAACCUCCCUCCUCCAUCCAGAACACGUCCCCCAGGAUGGGAGAGUUUCUUGGUAGAAGACCCAGCAGCGCACCCUCCCAGCACCUCCUGGAGACCACCUCCUACCCAGCAGCACGGCAAUUGGCAACUGGAGCUUUGCCGCUCAGCGCUGGAGGAUAUAGUAGUGCUGUGACUCAGGGAAGACCCGUCUCCAUGUACAAUGCCCAUACCGGUCUUGCCAUGUCUGCUCUUGGACAACAGCCUCCACCAGCCCCGGGCACCCCUGGAGCAGCGCCCAAAACCUUCUCUGGCUCCUAUUCCCCCAUGGAGCUGAUGAAGAGAGCCCCCAACUUUCCCCCACCAUCGCCAGUAGCAGCGCCAAGCCCACUUCACAGCCCCCAACUUCUCCGGAAAGGGAUCAAUGCUGCCCCUGAGAGUACCAAUGCUCCUGCAACUUCUUCCUCCACUCACCAAGUGCAAAACCUUAACAACACCAAGAUGGUAGGACGUCGCACUGGUCCACCUGUCAUAGUCUCAACCAUGGUCACCACACCUGACACAAGUAUUAGGCCCCAAAUCAUGAACGGGCCAAUGCAUCCUCGCCCCCUGGUGGCGCUUCUGGACGGGCGCGACUGCACCGUGGAGAUGCCCAUCCUGAAAGACUUGGCAACUGUCGCCUUCUGCGAUGCUCAGUCCACACAGGAGAUACACGAGAAGGUGCUCAAUGAAGCAGUGGGAGCCAUGAUGUACCACACCAUCACCCUGACCAGAGAGGACCUGGAAAAGUUCAAAGCCCUACGCAUCAUUAUCCGCAUUGGCAGCGGCUACGACAACAUCGACAUCAAGGCUGCUGGAGAGCUGGGCAUUGCUGUGUGUAACAUUCCCUCGGCAGCUGUGGAGGAGACGGCAGACUCCACCCUGUGCCACAUCCUCAACCUUUACCGACGGAACACCUGGCUCUACCAGGCGCUCCGGGAGGGCACGCGGGUCCAGAGCGUGGAGCAGAUCCGCGAGGUGGCGUCCGGCGCCGCCCGCAUCCGUGGCGAAACCCUUGGCCUCAUUGGCUUCGGUCGUUCGGGUCAGGCAGUGGCGGUGCGCGCCAAGGUUUUCGGCUUCAACGUCAUCUUCUACGACCCCUACCUGCAGGAUGGCCUGGAGCGCUCGCUGGGCGUCCAGCGCGUAUACACCCUGCAGGACCUGCUCUACCAGAGCGACUGCGUCUCCCUGCACUGCAACCUGAACGAACACAACCACCACCUCAUCAACGACUUCACCAUCAAACAGAUGCGUCAGGGUGCAUUCCUGGUCAACACUGCACGGGGAGGUCUGGUGGAUGAGAAGGCCCUGGCCCAGGCGUUGAAGGAGGGCAGGAUACGUGGAGCUGCCUUGGACGUUCAUGAGACGGAGCCCUUUACUUUUGCUCAGGGCCCGCUGAAAGACGCUCCGAACUUGAUCUGCACACCACACACUGCAUGGUACAGUGAGCAGGCCUCUCUGGAGAUGAGGGAGGCAGCAGCCACCGAGAUCCGAAGAGCCAUCACCGGCCGUAUCCCUGACAGCCUAAGAAACUGUGUCAACAAGGAGUUCUUCGUCACCACGGCAGCAUGGGCAGUUAUGGAUCAACCAGGCGUUCACCCUGAGCUCAACGGUGCCGCCUACAGCCAAGUGACCCAAAAUCUUGCAGCCGUCACUUCCGGUGUCCCCCAAGACAAAAUUAUUGCCUAGAUCAGGAGCAGAUACCCGCCGGGUGUAGUUGGAGUGGCUCCGGGUGGCAUCCCGGGGGCGUUAGAGGGUAUGGUGCCAGGUGGGGUGCCCAUCGCCCACACCCUGCCCUCUGGUACACAUCCCUCCCAGGCCCCGUCGCCCAACCAGCCCUCCAAACACGGCGAGACCAGAGAGCACCUCACUGAGCAAUAGCAGCAGAAGGGAUACAAACGGCAACAUCUCAUCCGACCUGUCGACACUCAGAACCAACCAAUCACAAAGCAACCGACCAACUGGGACCAAGAGACAGUGAAACAAUACAAGCGGCUGCCUGUUAAAUCAGUCAGCAACUGGGAACAAAGGAAGUGUUCCGAGGAAUUUGUACUUUUAAUGUUUUAGUUUUUACUCUCUGUCUCUCUGGUUCAGUACUGACUUUACUCUUUGAUGAUGGUUUUUUGGUUUGAUUUUUCUUCGGGACAUGCCUAUGAUUGUGGACACAGAGUCCAGUGUUUUUAGCGCUACGGGUUUACCCGAUGAGACUCUGUCCCACCCCCCUACACCUCAGAGCUCAUGGGAAACGUAGGCCCACAUCUCAACACACCAUUGGGCGAACAAGAGAAAAAAACUUUGGCAUCAUGUGCUACUGGACCUUAUCCCCCCAUCCCCUUCCUGAUCCUCCCCACCUCUCCUCCUGUAACUAAUGUGUGUUGUUUAGGCCCCCCAUUAUGCCUCAGAAGAGAAUUUUUUUUUUUUUCAAAUUUUCAGCGUGAAUGACUAAAAAUGGAUUGACUAUAUAUAUUUAUCAUUCGUCAAACAAAAGGAAAAGAUUGCUCAUCAGUUAUAAUAUAGUAAUCGAGAGUGGGUUUUAACCCUUUCCUGGCUAUAAUACAUACAACAGCUGUUGCAGUUACAAGAUUUCACCACUUGAGGGCGCUUCUACACAGUGUGAGGGAUUUCUUCUGCACCUGUGACCAUUGAGAUCAUAAGUUGCUCCAAUAUAUUGUGUGUGAUUUAGUUUCUUUCAGUGGUAAACACUAAACAAAACAUUCACUUUAUACAUUUGAUAGUAGCUGAAUUUUGACAUUAAAUGGAUUUAGAGGGAGCUGCAGGCUACGAUUUUCUCUUUAGUUAAGAGUUGAUGGGUCAGUAUGACUGAGACUUUUUUUUUCAUCAUCAUAAAAAAUAAUGAAGUUGGUGUGAUUGCAUCUGAUUCUUCUAUUGACAACCGGACAUUUCUGACAGCCAAUGGACAACCAAUAUUAAGUGGCAGCACAUAUCACAGUGGAGACAGGAAAGGGUUCAAGCAAACGUAAUUUCUUAAUGACUCAGGAAAACACCUUUUUGCAGAUAUUGUUUAUUCCCAGAAUUUGUCUUUGAGGUAAAAACAAACAAAGUUGAGACCAAUCUGGUUAGUCUGAAUAUGUUCUCUCCUCCCUCCUAUCCAUUGUGGUAUUUUUAUAUACAAGGCACAGCCCAUGUUUUUGGUGUUAAAGAGUUUUGAAAAGUCCUGUUAGAUUUGUAUUGCCUAGUUAAAUGUUCCUAUAACCAUAGUCCUAUGUGAUCCGCCCUCUCUUCUCUCCUUAUAUUUUCUUUGUUCUAUUGAAGGCCAGGUUCUUUGGGGCAUCCUGUACUCUGUAAGAGCAAUAGCAGAAACUCGUACUUAGUGUCCCAACAAUAGCAGAAGAGGCAGCCAGCAGUAUGUUUUUGUUUUUAGUGUGAGUAUUUGUAUUUGUUUCUUGUACAAGGUGAACAUUUAGCAUUCAGUGCAGUUCAAAUAAAAGAUACAAUUCUGAGAACCA